AAGGAGCCUUUGAAAUAGGACAGCCUUGUCGUUCUAUUAUGAUACAUUCAGUCUUAGAAUGCAGCUUUAGAAGGAUGUAACCCCUGAAUUCAGACACAGCCAGUGUCUAAGCAUUUCCAAUAAUGAAGGUCUUGUUGUUUCUAUAGGCACUUUCCCAUUGAAGUUCAGGAACCUAGUUUUUGAUUCCGAGUUCCUGAGCCUUCACAAGUGGGAAAUUUUGUAGUUCCUGGCCACUUCCAUCUAUCACUUUCCCACCGCACAACAGGAACUGUGACCUUUAUGCUAAAUAAGCAUGAGUGACGCAAAAGCUUAUAGGUUAAACUUCGCAUAUGUAAUUUCAAACGAAACUACGUCGCCACCUCAAAACAAAGGAGGAUGAACAAGUCGUUUUGUUCAUCAUGGGGGGGAUCAAACGCAAUUAAAAUGGAACAGCAACUUUUAUUUAUAGUUCAUUUAUAUGACCUGCAACAUGUUUAUAGUUUAUUAUUAAAUGCAGCCAACAGAUCGAUCUGUCAUGCCCAACUUCCGUGCCUGUUCUCUCUGCCUAGUUUGCCUCUAAUGAGCCACACCUGUUAAUCAUAUGUCUUACCUCUCAGUAGGGAGAGAGAACAGGAGAGACAGAAGCAGGGCGUAGAACGAUCUUUCGUUUUCCGCAGGAUAAAAAAGGUUAUCCCGUGCUGGCGAGUGUCACUGGCGGCGCGUAUAUUAGACAGAAGUAUAUUGAUUAUUGACUUGAAUUUUUGAGACAGAAAUAUGGAGAUACAAGGAAAAAAGGUAUGCAUUCAUGUAUUUAAAGUAAUUGAGGUACAAAAUAAUUCCAUCGAUGGAGUUUUUGCUUCGCUACUUCCAUCUCUUUUCCUGGCACUUCCACGUAUCUUUCAAGUUAGCGCCGCUGCUUGUGGUCAACCACUCAGCAAAGUUUACGGCUAUAAGCCACACCGACCUGUAACGUGUCAGCUCCAAGCUGUAAUGUGUCACUACUGAGCUGUAAUGUACGAACACCAAGCUGUAACAUGUCAGCUCCAAGCUGUAAUGUGUCAUGUCUAAGCUAUAACAUGUCAGGUCCAAACUGUAAUAUAUCAGCGGUAAUGUGUCAGCACCAAGCUGUAACCUGUCAACUUCUAACAUUCAUCAACUUUUAUUUUUGAUUUUUCAUAACACAAGACAAGAAUUUCUCACUGAGCUCUGCGAGAUGUGACAGAAUCCUGUAUAUGUCAGUAAUGUCAGCUCCAAGCUGCAAUGUGACAGCACCGAGCUGUAACGUGUCACGUCCAAACUGUAAUGUGUCACUACUGAGCUGUAAUGUGUCACAUCCAAACUGUAAUGUGUCACUACUGAGCUGUAAUGUGUCAGGUCCAAGCUGUAAUGUGUCAGCACUGAGCUGUAAUGAGCUGUACACCAAACUGUAAUGUGUCAGCACCGAGCUGUAAUAUGUCAGCAACGAGCUGUAAUGUGUCAGGUCCAAGCUGUAAUGUGUCAGGUCCAAGCUGUAACGUGUCAGGUCCAAGCUGCAACGUGUCAGGUCCAAGCUGUAACGUGUCAGGUCCAAGCUGCAAUGUGUCAGGUCCAAGCUGUAAUGUGUCAGCACCGAGCUGUAAUGUGUCAGGUCCAAGCUGUAAUGUGUCAGCACCGAGCUGCAGUGUGUCAGGUCCAAGCUGUAACGUGUCAGCACCGAGCUGUAAUGUGUCAGGUCCAAGCUGUAAUGUGUCAGCACCGAGCUGCAGUGUGUCAGCACCGAGCUGUAAUGUGUCAGGUCCAAGCUGCAAUGUGUCAGCACCGAGCUGUAAUGUGUCAGGUCCAAGCUGUAACGUGUCAGCACCGAGCUGUAAUGUGUCAGGUCCAAGCUGCAAUGUGUCAGGUCCAAGCUGUAAUGUGUCAGGUCCAAGCUGCAAUGUGUCAGCACCGAGCUGUAAUGUGUCAGUUCCAAGCUGCAAUGUGUCAGGGCCAAGCUGUAAUGUGUCAGCACCGAGCUGUAAUGUGUCAGGUCCAAGCUGUAACGUGUCAGGUCCAAGCUGUAAUGUGUCAGCACCGAGCUGCAGUGUGGCAGGUCCAAGCUGCAACGUGUCAGGUCCAAGCUGUAACGUGUCAGGUCCAAGCUGUAACGUGUCAGGUCCAAGCUGUAAUGUGUCAGAUCCAAGCUGUAAUGUGUCAGGUCCAAGCUGUAAUGUGUCAGCACCGAGCUGCAGUGUGUCAGGUCCAAGCUGUAAUGUGUCAGCACCGAGCUGUAAUGUGUCAGGUCCAAGCUGUAAUGUGUCAGUACCGAGCUGCAAUGUGUCAGGUCCAAGCUGUAAUGUGUCAGGUCCAAGCUGUAAUGUGUCAGGUCCAAGCUGCAAUGUGUCAGGUCCAAGCUGUAACGUGUCAGCACCAAGCUGCUAGCUAACAAGAGCCAAGUAUCUGAAAUUUUUGGCAAUAAUUUUGGUGUUUACAAUACAAAUAGUGAAAUACGAAUGUUUGUAAACGUUAAUAUGAAACAGAAUUCAUGAAAAAUAUUUGCUUAACCACCUACAGAGUUCCUCUGGGUUGCAUUGUAAGAAAACAGGAAAAUGAGAGAUUUUCAGAAUGGACACCAUUAGACUGUGGUGUGGUGUGGGGGUGAUGUCUCAGUGGGCUGGAGCCUCGUGCAUCCAGUCAAAUCCCAUCUCCAACUCUGGCUUUAUGGUUUUUACAUGUUAUUCCCAUGUUUGCAUAGGUUUCUCCCAGCAUUCCAAGAUUAGUUGUUUCUAAACUGGUGAUUGCAUGUGUGUGCUUGUGUGAAUGUAUGUAAUUGACUUGCAUCCUGUUCAGUGUGUUCCCUUGUCUUGUACUGUGUUACAGAGGAUGGGUACCAGCACAUACGACUGAUUGGUAAUUUGAGCUCCUCUGCUUCAUUAACUUUUAAGCAGUACGUAGUGUUAUUCUGUAUCAAAGGGGCAAACUAAAAUUGAUUUGAAUAAAAUUCAGCCAAAGCUGUUGCACUAUAAUGGGAGAACUGAGGACUGUUGAUGAUUUAAGCAGAUGCUUUAUAAAGAUCUGUGCCUCAAAGUAUACCUUUUGGUCUCCAUGUACUUUGAACAGAAACCUUAGCAUCAUGGUCUGAUAAUGGAAAAUUCCAGUAGCGAAUACAGUGUUAAUUAUGACAAUUAUAUUUAUGCUUGUAAGCAGAUGCACAUCAUCUUUGGAUGCACCACUGUAUGUCUUUCCUCUUUCCGCAUACUGUUUACCUGCCCCCCCCCCUUCUCUCUCUGUUUUACCUUCCAGAGAAUAGCAGUGCUGAUCAGAAACAGGCCUGCAAGAAACAUGAACUCUACGUCAGCU